UGGUGAAAUUAUUUUCGUCACAUGCCGAUCCACAGUAGAGAAUCCAGAAUCGCAUUCAUUCAAAAUAGCAUGAAAAUCGUAUUUGUAUCAAAAAUAUCGUGAGAAUUAUGUAAAUUAAGCGUGGAAGUGCGUGCUUAAGCUGAGAAAAGUGUCGAUAAGGUGUCGUGGCGUGAGAGCACAGUAGCAAUCAGCAUGGUGAGUGCGUGUGAACGCGAGAGAAAUGCAAAUGCGAGUUGGGGGGAGUCGCGAGUUUGAAAAGUGGGCACUUAGAAGAGAAUUUAUUUUUAUCGAUAGCGCCAAUAGCGCAAGGUUCACGAUGGAGCAGCCCAGUGAGAAGAGUGACUUGCCGGAUGCUGGGGCGCCGUCAGACAAGCCGCAGCAGCAGCGAUCGGAGCGCCUGAAGCAGAUCACGGAAUUGCUGAAGGAAUCCACGCCUCUGAUCACGGCCACACCAGUUCCGCCGCCCAGGAAGAUCAAGAGUAAAUCGCUGUCGAAGCGCAAGAGCAGUGAAGUGUCCGAUGACUCCGCCAAGUCGGAAGUCUCGGAAAUUAGCGAAGAUGUGGAGCCACCGGCAGAAGUGCCCUCGACCAGUGCGGUGACAGAGAUCACAAUUCAGCCCGUGUUCACGUCCACCACCCAUCUCAAUAUCUCCGAACCCGAGGAAGCCUGCGAGCAGCUCCGGGAGUACAACGAAACGCUGCCAGUGUGCGUGAUCGAGUGCAUCUCUCAGGGCGAGGGAGCGCAGAAGUCCCCUGAGCCGGAAGUUGUCGAAGAGAAAGCCAUAAAUGUGCCAGAACUGCCGAAACUGCCUGAUUUUCCGCCUUCAGACGCUCAAGAAGUGCGGAAGAGACACGCUGACUUCGAUCGCAGUGUUUCCUUCUCCUCAGCGGAUGCCCUUCUAUCGUCCGUGACACGCAAAACGACCGACAAAUCCCGGAGGCGAAAGGGGAUCUACAUCCAGUGGCCGAUCCGGGAGAAAUUGGACAUUCAUGAGUCCAGCAGCACGCUUGAGGGACUCACCAAGGAGGAGAAGAUUGCCAGUUGUGAGACUCUGUCGUGUCAGAGGACGCCAGAGUUUUCGUUUGAUGAUCCCGUAUGGUCAGAGGGAUGCUAUGAGAGUUUCUCCGAAGAACUAUCUACCGCGAAGGCAGGAAGAGAUGCACUUGUGAGCAAUGGCAGACAAUUCUCGAAGCGUCCUCUGAGAUCCAUUCGAGGACCCUAUGGACAAAUGCUGGAAGCUGAACUGAAGAAACCGGUGAAAGUCUACCAUGAUCAUCUGGCUUUGAGCCUCAACAAUGUGAACUUCCCUUCUGAUGAUAGCGGCGAGACUGAUCGUAAAGUGAAUACUCAUCCUAGUGAAAAAUCCAUGAAUUAUCUGAACAACAACAAAUCCUGCGACUGCCGACAAAUACUCACUAAGAACACCUCAAUGGACUCACUCUGCUCGUCCUACACCAAGGAUUUCCCGCCUCAGAGGAACAGCAACGAUCACUCAAGUGCCAUUAACAAGGGAUUACUCAUGGAUCUCCUCCACCAGGCGUCCUCGUGUGACCAGAGCUCCACUGAACAGCUCCAUUCUGCAGACAUAAUGCCAUCCCUGUCGCCUCACGCCUCCAUCCUGCAGCACAUGGACACGAGAACCCAUAUUGUCAUCGAAUUGUACAACACGGAGCAGUCCUAUGUGGAGUCUCUCCAGACCAUUGUGCACAAGUACAUGAACCCCCUGAAAAGCAGCGACUGUGAAGUGGCGAUUGACACUCAAAUUGUCGACGACAUAUUUUACAUGGUGCCAUCGAUUCUAAACAUUCACGAGGGCUUUCUCGAGGAGCUGAAGAAACGUCUCGAUGUAUGGAAUUCAAGUCAAAUCAUUGGGGAUGCUUUUAACAAUGUUUUUUCUUGUGGAGCUGUGCUGGAAAUUUACUCCAACUUCGUCAAUAAUCUGAGCAAAGCGAGGGAUUCGAUUAGGGGAUGCUGUUCCACGCAACCAUCCUUUGCUAGAUUUCUGGAAGUGCAGGCCAAAGAGCACAAGGGAAAGCUGCCACUAGACAAUUUGCUCAUCAAACCUAUCCAGAAGUUUCCCAACUACGAAUUGAUCCUGUCACGUCUGAUUAAGCACACCGAUGCAGAGCAUCCGGACCAAACUCUCCUUCAGGAGGCCAACAAGACUGUUCACAGGAUUCUGCUGCACAUCAAUUGCAAGGAGCGUGAGGCUCUGCAGAGUGGACAACGCGAAGCAGUGCUGAGGGAGAUUGAGAGUGCCAUUGAAGGGGUGUCUAAUCUUGUUACCGCCGAUAGAUCCUUCAUUGCCUUCGAUCUGGUGACCAUUUUUUCUGGGCAAUCGGCGCGAAAGGAGCGCGGACUGUUUCUCUUUAGCGAUCUGAUCAUCUUGACGAGUAUUAAGCGACGAAGUGGCACCGUUCGGAAGCCAAAUAUAAUCAACUAUAACAUUGCCGCCAAUGUGGAGACGAACAAAUACAAAUUUCUCACUAAAAUACCUAUAAGUGAUUUGGAGUUUGUCAAAACCAAAGAUGACAAUAGUCGUAAGAGUAUUAAGGAGAUUGAGUACUUGAUGGAGGAUUCGAAGAAAUUGCAUCAGAUACUAGCCAUCGUGACCACACUUCGAUGUCCUCAUCAGCAUCUUGAGGAGGCGGCGCGUGAGCUCGAGAAGGAUUUGGAGAAGCAACUGAGCGAGAAGCAACUCAAUGAUGGCCAAUUGAGUGUCCUGGAAAUCACCAUUGGUGGGAAUUCAAGUGGAUCUGACGGUGGCCAACACAUGUCCAUUCAAUUUGUUAAUCCAGAGCGCCGGAGUGUGUGGGAGCAGGCCUUUAGAGAGGCUAAACAGAAGUUUGCCUCAAAUUUGGAAACUAUCCCGAUGCCAGAGUUUAUUUCGUCGAUUCCCAUUCGCAAGACCCGCGCUGGAUUGCAGUUUACGUGCGCUGCCUCGACACUGGGUGCUCAGAAUGACGUGUGGGUGUGCAAUAGUGAUGGAUAUGUGGGUCAAGUGUGUGUCCUGAGCCUAAACGCCGAGCCGACGGUCACGAGUUGCAAUGGUGUGUGCAAUGCGCGAAUUUUGUGUGUGACUUCGGUGCCAUCUGAAGUGGAGUGGCAGCCUGAUAAAGGCAAUACCUGCGUGACUAAUCAGCUGAAAAGUACACCGUCAUUUGAGGAGAGUGAGAACUGCAACAAAUCACUGAAGGUGCAAUCCUUGUCCUCGCUCUUCAACAACAUCCAUCUCGAUUCAAGCAGUUCGAGUGACAAUGAGUCUGAAAAGGAGUUUCCCACUGAUGCCAAGUGUAACAUUCACGGCGGCAAAUCUGAUCUUCAUCACAUGCCGACGUUCGAUUGUGGAGACUUCUCGCAAUCAACAAUGUGGCUGGGCACUGAGGACGGCUGUAUUCAUGUCUACAACUGCUCUGAUAACAUUCGAAUUAAGCGAAAUAAGGUGAAGAUGCAGCACAGCAGUGCGGUCUAUCAUAUUCUCUACAUGAACAACAAGGUUUAUGUGGCACUCGCCAAUGGAGAGUUGAUUAUCUACACGAGAGAGAAUCUCGGAACUGGAUGGAAUACUUCAGAUCCAGUAACACUGAUCAUUGGCUCAGUUUCCAAUCCCAUCACGAAGCUUCUCAAUGUUGAUGGGAAAUUGUGGUGCUCUAUACAGGGAGUUAUAAAAAUCUUCAACGUUUCUACGCAUCAGGUUGAGAGCGAGGUGCAAAUAUCGAGCGAAUCCAAGCCCAUCACCAAUAUGGUGGUUUCCCAGCACGGCGUCUGGAUCUCCAUACAGAACUCUUCCGUGCUCAAGUGUUUCCAUUCCAAGACAUACGAAAUCGUGGUGGAGAUGAACGUCAGCGGUCCUGUGAGCAAGAUGCUCUCCAACUGCGACGACAUCAUUCGCCAGCACAAGGCUGCUUGUCUGAGGAUCACGGCUCUGCUGGCGUGUCGGGAUCUCAUCUGCAUCGGCACGAGUGCCGGAGUGUUGCUGGUCAUCCAGGGCAGCGCCACAGGCAGGAAUCUGAUGAACAGCACUCCAAUGCCGAUGCCUCACGGUCACACCGGGCACGUGAGAUUCCUCACGAGCGUGGAGACGACGGAGGGCAGCAGAUCAAACUCCAAUUCCAGGAAAGGAUCGCAGACGAAGCACAAGGAGUCGUCAAUUCUGUUGAUUUCCGGUGGGGACGGAUGUGAGGAUUUCCGCAACUCUAAUAUAAAUUCAAUGAAUGAUAUUGCCGGACGGGAAGAUAGUACAAAUCACCUGCUGCUUUGGAAGGUGUGAAGAUAGAACGAAAAUUUACUGAUAUUUUUUUUGGAGAAAAGAUAGUGAAAAAAAGAAUUUAACCAACGUUAGAUAAAAUUGAACUAAAGUACUUAAUGCGUUAGAGAAAAGUUGUAUGAGUAAAUUUAUGUGUUUAUGCCAUGAACACGGGAAAAAAACAUGCAGAAAUAACAAAUAAUGAGAUGAAUCUUUGUGUGAUAAAAGUAAAACUGUAUUACUAUUUAAAUUACUUAGAGAGAAUUUUUAUUUAAUGUAUAAAUUUAACAAAAAUAGUAUAUUUACGGUACAAUAUCAUUUGAUUUGUACAAUUUUACUGUAAUUGAAAAAAAAUCAUGACACAAAACCACAGGAAGCUUGAUAAAAUGCUCUGAGCAGAUUAUUAUUUCGUCUAUAAUUAUUUUAUUUUCGUUCCCAAGGAAAUGAAAGGAUGUAAAGCUAAGAUUUAUAUUGAACGUCUUUUUCACAUUUUGGCAAAUUUAUAUUGAAAUAAUAUAUUUUUUACUACAAAAAUAUAUCGAUAUGAAUUGUACAAAACCAGUGACAUUGUAUUUUAAAGCAUUACUCGACAGAGAAUAAAAAUUUUAUGUAAUUUUCAAAUUGUACAA